UGAUACGCAGCGCGCAAGUUGAUGACGUACUGCACUUCGGCGUGUCGUUCUCAUGUGCAGGGGGUAUCAUGAAAAAGGAAGGGACUUUGGCAAUAAGGUUUGCCCUCCAUGGCUGUGUCAACAGACCAUUCUAUCAUAUUGUUGUCAUACAAAAACACAAAGCUAGAAAUGGAAGAAUCAUAUCACAGAUAGGAACUUACGAUCCAAUGAUCAACCAAUUUGGAGAAAGAUUAUUUGCCAUGUCAUUUCAGAAGUACAGAAAAUGGAUACUAAGAGAAGCCCAACCAACCAAAUCAUUAGUUAAAAUGUUAGGCAUCGCUGGUUUUUAUCCUAUCCAUCCCCAGUCCAUAUUACAUGCACACCGAAAAAGAAUGUUACAGGCAAGGCAAGCAUCAGAGGCAAAGCAACAGACAGAAGAAUUCAAAGAGACUGCACUGUGACAAUGGCAUUUACAAUACACCAAAGUAUUCAGCUAUUGAAUCAUGGUAUUUUAGGAGUAAAAUUUUGAGACAUAAUAAUUCCAUCAGUCUUUCUGCAUUACAAGGGCUUCUUUUUUGUGAUCGAAGAGGAAUUAUCCUUGAGUUGCUAUAGUUGGGGAACUAAUGGACUCUUAGGUGAAAAAAUGUCAUGUUUGGAGAAGUCAAUGGAACAAAUAUUUAAAAAGACCAGUUGAUUUGUUUGCCCUUAAUGUAUGAUGUUAUUUCAUGCAGUAUUAAGUACUUAUGGACUUGAGUAGCUGCAAGUUUAUUGAAGUUUGAAAAUAUUAUUAAAAAAUAAUAUCAAGACAGUUUUCAAGGAUGCCUGGCACAAACUUGACAGUAUAAAAACCACUGAAUUUUCAUCUAUAGGAAAAUUAUGCAACUAAAACUGGCAUUGAUCUCUUCCUGAGACAAAUUUUUAGAAAACAUUAUGCAUAUUAUCUAAAUGAUUUGACAAUCUAGAAUACUAGAAAACAAAUGUUAGAUGUUAGAAGGAUGUCUCAACUAAUGCAAUAAGGCAGGCUUCUGGAUUGUAUUUGGUAUUUUUUUUUGGUUCUUAGAACCCUGAUCUUGUUUAGUUAUUGUCUCAGAACAUGUCUUCUUGUGUUUGUUUUAUAAUAAAUUGUCACUGAAUUGUUUGAUGUAAGAAUGUUUUU